AUGUCGCGGCUCUUCGCCCAGUCUGCGCUUCGCGCAGCUGUCCGCGACGUCGCACGACAACCGACCUUGACGAGGUCCUUCUCGUCCCUCCCAGCCCUGCGCCCAGGCCUGUCCGCACAGCCUAGCCUCUUCGCACGGAGGCCCGCCGCCGGUCUCCUCGCGCCCAGCGCCUUCACACCCACCACAACAGCAACGACAGACGCAGUAGGAGCAACGGCGGACGUCGUGCCCCGGGCUGCCAUCACAUCACACCCGGCGCUCGCCGGCGUCGGCUCGCAGAUCCGCUGCGGGCCCCGGCGGUACAUGAACAUGAACCGGCCGUCGCGGCUGAUCCGCAUGCGCAGGCACGGGUUCCUGAGCCGCGUGCGCACCAGGAGCGGGCGGAAGAUGCUGCAGAGGAGGAAGACCAAGGGGAGGAAGAUGCUGAGUGCUUGA